AUGGGUUCAGUUUAUGUACCAAAGGACCCGGAACACUUUAGUCGUGAACGAAAAUGUGCUUUGCAUAAAACUAUGCAGGUGCUCGAGCCUCAGUCGAUUUUUCUCCAGGCGGAUCUCAUGGUUAAGGAAUUAGAUGCUUCGUCAAGGCGUGAGUAUACGGAAAAAUCAUUACCCAUUCUUUUGCAUCAAUUUUUUAUCGACAGGAUGCAUCAGAUGGUUAUCCUUAAGCAUUCUCAUCUUCUAAGGUGGAAGCGCUACUGUUUCUCAACUUCAGCAAUUGAAUCCAUAUGUUCAGAGUACCUUGAUAGAUUACAACAACUUACAAACGAAUAUCUAGAUGCCUGUUCUAGGGCACGCAGGCUUGCUUCAACUACAGAGGGGUUGUUGACCGGUUCAGAUUGUGGUAUUGAGGACGUAACGGUAGAUGAUUACCAGGUCUACUUGCGACACAUAGUCUAUCACUUACGAUCACUUUCCUAUGUUAAUCAGAUUUUAAAUAUAAUCAAAUGGUUUCCGUAUCAUUACAGAGACAAACUAAAAGGAAGUUUGAACAAAGAAAACAUGGAUGUUGCUAAAAAGGAUUAUUUGCUUGACAAACAUGAAUCACAAGAACAUAAAAUGUUGACUAGACUUACUCCGAUUAACAAAAUUGAGGUUCUUUACGAAAACGUCAGUGACGAUAGAAGCAAGCAAAAUUAUUUACGUAUAACGACUGAUGAUGAGGAUGACAUUAUAUCUUCCACUAUGCCAAAAGGUAAAGCCGAAGCAAAUACAAACAGAACAAGUGAACUGCCUGGAGAAUCAUCUGUAUAUAAUAAUAAACAGGAAAUAUUCAACAAAAUUGAUACCAGCACACUAAAAGAGACUGGAAAUGAAAAUAUAAGGACAAAGUCGGUCAGUUUUAAACCUGACGAAGAAAGAAUAAGUAUUAUGCAGAGAAAGGGUAUUUCCGAAAGAUCACCAAAUCACUUUCACUUUUCUGAGCAAAAACGUCAACCAUCAAGAAUGGCAAAUUCAAUAAGUUUGAGUUCGAAUGACUCAUCGUUAGCAAAUAAAAACAGUUUGUUAUUAGCAGUAACAACUGGUAUCACAAAUGAAAAGGUAUCUGUUCUACCACUGCAUACAAAUGACCUGGAAACAUUACGACCACAUCUGGUAUUACUGUGUCAGACAUAUAAUAUUCAGAUGGAUAUUGAUUCCAUACGCUCAACAUCAGAUGAAAUGGAAUUAUUCGCCGUAAUCAAUCGUAAAUUCCAACAUAUUUUCAAUCAUCAAGAUGAAAUGUACGAUUUUCGGACAUAUGAUCAUACAAAAGCUGUUGGUGAGCGUUGGGGAUUAGAUAUGUGGCUGCAUGCUAUGAAAAAACCUAGUAAUUGGUUGGAGUUUAUAAAAUUGAAACCGAGGCGAGAUGAACGUGUAGUAAAAUAUAUGAUGGGACUAAGAUGCAAUAUAGUGAUAGACGAUCUCUUGUUGGCAGCAUCAAAAUUUUUACAUGUUAGAUCAUCAGAACGAGUGCAAGAUGCGUUACGUCAUCAUCUAAUGGUUAUCCCACAUUCACCAAAAAUACGAACAGCAUCAGUUUUAUCUCAUAAAGAUGGUCAAAAUACUGUUGAGAUAUUUAAGAAGAUUUAUACAAAUCCUGAACUAUAUUCGAAUUCCAUUGGAUCUGUUGAAGGUGGGAAAUCUAAACGUGAUGAUUAUGAUUUCACCCAAACUAUGCGACGUUUGGGAUUAGAUGAUGAUAUGAGUGGGUCAAAUGAUUCACUUAACGGUCAAGGUGCUUAUUUGUCAUUUUUACAUCUAAGACACUUGAAAUUAAGAGAUUUAAUGCGUACAUGUAUAUCUAUUUUAAAUUAUUUUCGAUCAAUUGAACGAACAUUAACGAUUAAUGAUCAAGGUUUAUCAAUAAAUGGCAAAGAUGGAGUAGAACGCAUAAGUCCACAAAAUCAUCGAGUUGGUGUAGAUGGUCAAGAUAAUCAACGUUGUGGGAAUUCAUUAAAUGUUCAUGUUAUCUUUUUAAUACACCUCAAGAAUUUAAAGUUAAAGAAUUAG